AUGUCGUGGUGGAAGAGUUGGUAGCCCUGCACAUGUCCAUCCGAGAAUUACGUCACAGGUGGGCACAAGCCGCAGUCAUUCGCCGGCGCCUCCCUGCAGUCUCAGGUAGCAGCGGCGAUGCGAAGUGCUGUUGCUUUGUACUGAGUGAGCGUGAAAGAACCCUCGUGACGAUAUAUGGUGAUGAACGUGUGGGCCUUUACGUUGUGGAAACAGAAGGUGGUAACACGGAGAGCAAGUGGAAGAAACCUUGGGAGACUUCCAUGACUCAGGAACAAGCACACCUCACUGGGAGCCUUGUGACUGACAGGUGGUUCAGACCGACUGGGAGACAUGACGUCAGUGCCACCACGCAGGGAGUAAAACCAAGAGGAGGAAGAGGAGCAUUCAAGAGACAUCAGCUGGCCAGCAGUCCAUUCAGUUUGUGGCCCUGAUUUGUAAGUGCCAGGAAGACUAUGGUGAAGGCAGACCACAAACCUUUCAUUGGACAUGAGUGGCGAACGGCAGUGAAAAUAUGGCAGUGUCUGAUUCUUUGCACCAAAACACAGUGUGCUUAUUAACAGAUUUAUUCACUGUUCACUCAUUUGCUCAUCUCUAAAGGAGUGAAGAGUGUGCACUGAAUUUCACAACAGGAAGUGAAGGAUGAAGCAUGAAGGUUUUAGGCCAAAAUGAACAGACAGCAAUCAGGAAUGACACGUCCAGCAAAACCAGCAACACAGCAGAGUGCAGCCUCUACAAGUGGUGGAGGGCAUGGACACUUGGAUAUGGAUGACACUGGUUUGGGUGCCAAAUAUUAAUAGUGCACCUACACAAUUACCACACUCGAUCCUCUCACCAGGCUUAACUAUAAAUAAUUAAAGCAUGGAGGAGUGAGGAGGCACAUCUGUCUGUGAUUAGGGAAUGCAAAUGACGAUGUUCCAAGGACAUCACCCUGUCCUGGGACAUGACAUGAGAGAGAAGAGGAAAAAAGGUCUCUCUCUCUCUCUCUCUCUCUCUCUCUCUCUCUCUCUCUCAGAGUUUCCAUAACACCAAACUGCUCUGGUGUUAAUUUCAUGAGUUGCUGAAUAAUAGAAAUGGGAAUGUUAGUUCAAUGCAUUUAGCUCUGAGUAUGAAAGAAUGACAAGAAAGAAUGCAGAGGACACUAGAACACAUGCACAGAAAACUGAAAGAUUUUUAAACUUUUGAAUAGGUGUAGGAAAAAAAAAAAAAAAAAAAAAACUGCAAAAUCAGUGUCUCCUUAAAACAACACAUGACAGCAAUGAUAACUCACACAACAAUAAUGCUUGAUGAAGACUAUAUUUCCAACACAGAUUUAUGAGAACAUUUGGCAAAGCUGUGCACUGUUUACUUGUGUUAAAACUAUGCCAUGAUUUGAGAGGAAAGUUGGUUAGUCAUUAUAGGGUUAAGAUGAUAUAAGGGUGUUUAUUUUAGCUAAUUUCCAAUGACUCCUAAUAUAAGAUUAAAACUUUAAUGAUUAAGUAACUAUUUCAUUGUUUACAUUAAUUUACACCAAAAUUUCGCAACUACAACCUCAGGGAUGUUUAGUUAAUCCAAUUUUGUUCACAACUACUACAUUUUUUCCAAUGGUUUACCCAUAGUACAACACAAACAACUACAAUAUCAUUCAUGCUAUUUCAUUCCAAAAAAAAAAUUCACAACUAUGUACAUGAUCUAGUUUACAAUAAAAGGAUUUUGAACAAUA